AUGGAGCCUUUGUCCAUCGACUCGGUGGUUGUCGACCACAGCGAAAUGCGUCCCGCGCCAGGAACCCCGCCAUCAGACGCCAUCAUGAUUGAGCAGCCAAAGCUCAAGGGCAGACAGCGCCUUCUCAUGGGCUUACAACGGAUGGGCUCGUCCUCGAGUCUGGCGAACUUGGGUAGACCCCGCUCUCACAGUCUGAGAAGCGGUGGAAAGGCAUCCAUGUCUUGCGUCUCCCUCGCAUCGCCUGGCUCGCCGUACGGGAACUCGUUUGGCAGCUCCUACUCCUCCGAACUGUCGAAUGGCUUCUCUACAGCUCCUACCUCCGUCGCCAACAGCCCACCUGGCACGCCCUUCUGGGACGAAAGGACUCGUCUGCGGAUGAAAACACCAGAUAUUCCAUCCUCGGUGCCUCUUCCCUCCGCCCGACGACCAUACACUCGAGACGGCAUUGAAGCCGAAAACGAUUACUUCUCGCGACCCGUUCACAAGGUCCAGAAACGGGCAAACUUCAACUUCUGGAGUGAUAUGCCCACGGAGAUUCGCAUGCAGAUCCUGAGAUACCUCGAGCCAAAGGAGGUUGUGCGUUGUUCGCGCGUCUCCAAGUCAUGGCAUACAAUGUGCUUUGAUGGUCAACUGUGGAGCGAUCUCGACACGAGCAAGUUCUACCGCGACAUCUCUGCCAACGCUUUGGUCAACAUCAUCACAUCGGCAGGACCGUUCGUGAAAGAUCUGAAUCUCAGAGGCUGUGUGCAGCUGAGAGAACACUGGGGCAAGGAUGGCUUCAUUGAGUCCUGUCAGAACCUGGAGAACUUCUCGCUCCAGGGCUGCCGAAUCGACCGGACAUCUAUUCACUGCUUCUUGCUCCAGAACAGUCGCCUUGUCCAUGUCAACCUCUCGGGUCUUGCGGGAGCGACGAACGCCGCUAUGAAAAUCCUUGCUGCACAUUGCCCGAAAGUCGAAGUCUUGAACAUUUCAUGGUGCAACAACAUCGACAACCGAGGACUGAAGAAGGUUGUUGAGGGAUGCACGAAGCUGCGCGAUCUCAGGGCAGGUGAGGUGCGAGGUUGGGACGAUGUCGAGCUGAUGGUCGCACUUUUCAAGCGCAAUACUCUUGAAAGGCUCGACCUGAAGAACUGUGACAGUCUCAACGACGAAGCACUGGCUGCUUUGAUUGAGGGCGUGGACGAGGAGGUCGAUGUCCUUACCGAUCGCCCAAUCGUCCCACCGAGGAAUCUCAAGCACCUGAACCUUACGCGCUGCCGCAGCAUCACGGAUGCUGGCCUGAAGACAUUGGUACACAACGUCCCGUAUCUAGAAGGUCUUCAGGUAUCAAAAUGUGGUGGCUUGACCGACGAUGCCUUGACCAGCUUACUCCCCACCGUUCCCGUUCUCACCCAUCUAGACAUCGAAGAAAUCGACAACCUAACAAACGACGUCCUAAAGACUCUAUCCGAGUCCGCCUGCGCCCCCCACCUCCGCCACCUCUGCAUCUCGUACUGCGAAAACCUCGGCGACGUCGGCAUGCUCCCCGUCCUAAAAGCCUGCACCAGUCUCGCCUCCCUCGAAAUGGACAACACACGCAUCUCCGACCUCGUCCUCGCCGAAGCCGCCUCCGGCCUGCGCAACCGCAACCGCCUUGCCCGCGGCCUCACAAGCUCCGAACGCCCCGAAGUAGGCCUCCGCAUCGAAGCCUACGACUGCGCAAACGUAACCUGGACCGGCGUCCGCGAAGUCCUAUCAAGGAACGCAGAGAUCACAAGACCGAAUUCACGGUCCGCGAGUAAAGUCGCGACCUACCCAAGUGAAAUCAUCAAGUUGAAGUGCUUCCACAAUUGGCAGCCGACUGUUGAGGAGCAUACUAAACGUGUUCUGAGGGGUGACUUUGCGGCUGCGGCGAGGCUGGAGAGGAAGUGGGCGGAUUGGAUGAUGUUGAAUGAGGAGGCGGGGGUUGGUGGGGCGGGUGCGAGACGCAGGAGGAGAAGGGCGAGAGAGGCGCAGAUGAUGCAUGCGGAUGAGGAGGAGGCUGGGGCUGGGGCUACGGGUGGGGGCGGGAGGAGACGCCGCGCAAGAAGUGGCCCUGGCGGGUGUGCUGUUAUGUGA